CAGGCAGGUGUUGUGACAAAUUAGAGCGGAAUUUUAUAAAAAAAAGGACUCAUAUUUUAGACAAAAUGGCCUCUGUAACUCAUAAGUGUGUUUACGCGGGAUGUUUUGAAAGAAACGAUGGAACAAAUAAUAAUAUAUCUUUCUUUAAAUUUCCACUGAAAGACGUAGAGCGUACAAAAAUUUGGCAAAAAAACUGCGGGAACAUUGAUAUUUUAUUGAUGGAUAUCACUGACCUUAAACAGAGGGUAAUUUGCCAGCAUCAUUUUGCAGUGGAAUAUAUUUACCAAAGUGGCCAAAGAAAGUUAUUAAGGAAAAAUGCUGUUCCUCUAAAAUUUACACAGUUAACAACUGAUUUAGGUGAUAUCCCACCAGUAUGCUCUACAUACGUUUAUUGCGGUACGAAACGUAAAAGAUCUACAAGUGACGAUUGUAUGGUUAGGUCAACUCCAUCGCCUAAGAGAUCAAGUAGUAGUCUCAGUGAUAUUUCCAGUUUUGAAAUUAUUUGCCCACAAAACUUGAAACUGAAUUGACGGAGAAGGUAAAAAAAUUGGAGUAUCAAGUAAGUGCUUUAAAGAAGAAGUGCCGUCAGAAGAACAGUCGGCGUUGUAGAAGAACAACAAAAAACAAAAAAUCGGCAACCAAAUUCAUGUUACAGGUACUGUUAGAAAAUAAAAGCAAAUACGUGCACACAUUUGUUAAUAUGCAGUUUUCACACAAAACUCGUUCACAAUGGAGUCACAAUGAAAAGGAUUUAGCUCUGGCCAUUUAUUAUAAGUCUCCUAGUUGUUACAA